GGAGCUUCCCCAAGGGAGUUGGCUCUAAAUUAACAUUUCAUGCUGCAUACAGAGUUACUCUGUUCUGCUUGUGUGAUGACUUGCCCUGAACACCAAGAGAGGUGGCACCUUAAUAAGAGUUUGCUUUUCAUGGUUUCUCUUAUGUGAAGUCAACUGGGGCCUGGAUGCAGAUGAUCCUUUUUCUGAUGGCAGAAGGUGCCUAUUGGAAUUUAUUUUCAUCCCGCGUUUUUAAUGUAAGGAGGGAAAAUGACUGCUGGUUCAGUGUGUGUCCCUCAGAUCAUACCAUUGCGAGUGCCUCCGCCUGGAAAAGCCAACCAUGAAAUUGAUAACAAUACACUUUUGGAAAUGAAAUCAGACACCCCGGAUGUCAACAUAUAUUAUACACUGGAUGGCAGCAAACCUGAAUUUCUAAAGAGAAUUGGUUAUGGUGAAAACAAUACAUUCAAGUAUACAAAGCCUAUUACUCUGCCUGAUGGAAAAAUACAAGUUAAAGCUAUUGCAGUCUCUAAGGACCGCAGACAGAGUGGCAUUGUAACAAAGGUGUUUCAGGUGGGCUACGAACUACCAAAUACAGUCUCUUCUGAAGACAAUGUUGAAAAUGUUCUCAAAGAUUCUUCAAAGCAGGAACUGAAAAAUGGCUUUGUUGGGUCAAAACUACAGAAGAAAUGUAAGGAUGCUGAAAAUAAACGGGGUUGGAAUGUUAACCUUAGAAAGUCUCCAGGUAUGACAUGGCAGGACGAAGACCUUGAGGAAGGUGAAAGAACUGACUCCAAAACAUGGAAAGAUCUCCGUUUCUCAGAGAGUCCACGGGAAAUCCCACCUUUCCAUGAAGAAUCGGGUUCUAGACCACCCACCCGCCAGUCUCAGUUCCCUAGUUUUGCACACAUAACUGGCCAGAAGAGUUUGACAAGCACAGAGAUCAUGAGAAUUCAAAGAGAGACAGACUUUCUCAAGUGUGCCCACUGCCUGGCUCCCCGCCCAUCUGACCCCUUUGCCCGCUUCUGUCAAGAAUGUGGCUCUCCUGUCCCGCCCAUAUUUGGCUGUCGUCUCCCACCCCCAGAAGGAGCUCAGAUGAGCUUAUGUGCAGAGUGUGGAAACAUGGUGCCCAUGAACACUCCCAUCUGUGUAGUGUGUGAGGCCUCUCUUACUCUACAGCUGCAGCCACAGGCCAGCCUGCGCUUGAAGGAGAAAAUAAUCUGCCGCACCUGUGGCACAGGGAAUCCAGCUCACCUGAAAUACUGUGUCACCUGUGAGGGGGCCCUGCCAUCAUCACAGGAGCAGCUCAUGCGCAGUGGAGAUAAAGCCCCUCCUCCGCCCACUCAGAAAGGGGAGACCAUUUCCUGCUCCAAGUGUGGUCGCAGGAAUCGCCGGGAAGCUUGCUUCUGUGACUGGUGUGGAGCCACGCCGGGCAUUUCUGCCUGCUGCUCAAUUUGCCCUAAAUGUGGGGCCAGCAAUCACCCAUCUGCCCGAUUCUGUGGCUCCUGUGGUAUUUAUGUGAAGUCCUCGGCAAGAUUUAGCAUGGACAACAGCCUGGCUCUCGCUGCUGGACAACUUGGCCCUUUUGUUGAGCCCCGAUCUGCCUGGCAGCCCCUAAAUGUUCCUUUGCUCAGACCUGAGGCUGGGACUCAGAAGGAUGUGGGCACACAGACUACUGGCCUGUUCUACCCAUCUGGUGCACUACUAGCCAAAAAGGAACUGGAAAUGGCUUCUCAAAAGCAGAGGCAUGAGAAAAUGAGUGACCAUAAGCCUCUGCUCACAGCCGUCAGCCCAGGAAGAGGGUACUGGAGGAAACAGUUGGAUCAUAUCUCUGCUCACCUCAGGUCUUAUGCUCAGAACAACCCUGAGUUCCGGGCCUUGAUUGCAGAACCCAGAAUGGGAAAGCUUAUCUCUGCUACUGUCCAUGAAGAUGGCUAUGAAGUUAGCAUCCAGCUGAAUUACAUUCAAGUAUCAAACAAGGUGAGGAAACUGAGGGUCAGAGAAAUUAAGCAACCUGCUUCUUCCAAGGUCCCUAAACUAAACCUUUACUUCAGCAAGUCUGUGGAUUUCAGCAACCACUUCCUGAGCAAUGUCACUGAGGGUGGUAAUGGGCCAUUUGGCAGCAGAUCCAGCCUGGUGAGUGACUACAGCCAGAGCACCUCUGAUGUCACUGAAAAAGUCAAGAGGACAAAGAAUUUCAAGACCAAAACAUUUCAAGAAAAGGAGCAGCUCACACCUGAAAACAGGCUCCUGCUGAAGGAAGUCGGACCGACAGGGGAAGGAAGAGUCACUGUGAUUGAACAGCUGCUUGAUGAGGGAGCAGAUCCCAAUUGCAGGGACAGUGAAGAGCGACCCGUUAUAACUGUGGCUGUUGUGAAUCAGCACCAUGAAGCGAUUCCGGUUCUCGUGCAGAGAGGAGCAGACACCGAGCAGCAGUGGGGACCGCUUCGAAAUACAGCUCUUCAUGAAGCGACCCUGCUUGGCCUGGCGGGAAGGGAGUGCAUUGCUGCUUUACUGCGAUGCAAUGCAAGCAUCCAAAAGAAGAACACGAAUGGCCAGACGGCAUAUGACCUGGCUCUGAACACUGGGGAUGAGAUCAUCACCUCGCUCUUUGCUGCUAAGCUUGGCCUGGACAACUCUUAGACCCAAGAGCCUGCGCUGGACCUAGCUGCAAGAAACCAUCCAGCUCUGGCUGUUCUUUGUUUCUUUCUGAGAUGUGUAUUUGCGGUUUGGGAAUUGAGGUUGAGAGGAAUGCAGAGAUGUUUUUUUAAAUAUGACAGUGUAAGCCACCAUGUGACCAUUUCCCAGUACGUUCUGGAUGGUGAUGAACUUAACGUAUGUUUUUUAAAGGGUCUGUUGCUGCUUAUUUUGGAAUUUUCUUUUAAAUUUAUUUUUCAAUAGUUAAUAAUUGUACAUGGUUCAGAGCUAAACAGUAUGAAAUGUUAAGUAGUAAAAACUCUGCCACUCCUGUCCCACACAGCCACCCACGUCCCCUCCUCAGAGGCUCCAAUGAUACCAGUGUCAUCUGUGUCUUUCCAGAAAUAGUAGAGGAUUACAUAAGCACAUGUAUGUAAUAUAUGCAUAUGUACAUAUAGGGUAUAUAUAAAAUACAAAUAUAGAGAACAUAUAUUCUUUCUCUUUUGAGACAAGUACUAGCAAACUACACACCCAUCUGAUGUUUUACAUCUUGUUCUUUUCCUUAAUAUCUCUUGUAGGUGGUUCCAAAUUAGUACCUAAAGAUUAAGUUUAUUUAAAAACUUUCACUUCUGGUGUGAAGUAUUCCUAUUGUUGUGGCUUGUUCUUCGGUUGACAAACAAGCCUUGAAUAAGCCCAUGUGCAAGAAUGUGCAAUUUUGACUGACUUAUUUUUUCAGAAUGUGAUUUCUGCCUUUGGGUGAUAAUGCUGCAAUCGUGGAGUCCCUAAAUAGUUUGUGUUAAAGUCUGUUAGUUUAGAAUGAUUAACUCAGCACAAUAAAUAAUAGACUUGGUUGA